AAGAGUGGAGAGAGGGAAGAAGGGAGAUACUAGUUUCGAUUUUGCAAGAAAUUCGUAUGGGUGUAGCAACGUUCGCUAUUCCGCAGAGUCUCAGAGUACUAAACGUUAUAACAGUAUUCCGUCGCGCCAAUGACCGAGCGUCUGUGAAGGCGACAAGAAGCGUCGGUAGAACACACAUUUAGUCUUGAACAGACACACAGUUCGCGUUCAGCUACCGUAACGCGACGUAACGUUGAUGGUAAGGUGAUACUCUUUCGUCCCUCUCGAUAAAAGAGAAACGAAAGAGAAUUAAAUAACAAAGUUGUGAGAGAAACGAUAUAUUCUUGAAGAGAGUUCGUUUGAAACAGUUUCGAGUCGAUCUAAUUUCAUUUGAUUCGGUGGAUUUAAUUGAAGAGAAAAAGAUUUAGCGAAUUGCAUAAAAACGUAAAAAGAAACAGAAAAAAAGAAAAAAGAAAAAAAAAAAAAGGCAUAAAAGGGAAAGAAAAACGUGUUGGCGGUGAAAAGACAUUUAUCUCUGUCUGUCCCUUUUUCUCUCUUUUCCUCACUCUCUCUUUCUCUCUUUCUCGCGUUACUAGUGUAAAUGAUUCGUGAUGAUAAUGUCCCGACAAUCGCGAGAUUUCCUAACUGCCUUCGUCUUCUUCAUCGUGUUAGCCGUUUUCACGAUCACGAGUGAUGCCAGGUCAUGGGAUAUCGCCGUUGUGAUCGGCGACGAGAUAGAUUUUUUUUCACGAAAUCAGACUCUUACGGGUGAAGCAACAGUCGCCGGAGCCGUUUCAUUAACAGGAAUAGCUUACGAUGAUAAAACAAGAACACUUUAUCUCAGUGACACUCGAAACAACAUAUCGAUUUUCAGUAACGACUUGACAAAAAAGAACUUAACUUCGAAACCACUGUUAAAGAAGCAAGACGGGACGCACAUCGUGGCGAUCGCCUUUGACACAAGUUCUCGUACGCUCUUUUGGAGCGACGCCUUGAAGAGACUGAUCAUGAAGAUGCGCGUACCAAUGAACGGCCCUCCGGAAGAACCCGUCCUUCUGCAUAAUCUCACACAAAUUCCACGUGGUAUCGUCCUUGACAUGUGUAACAGUCAUGUCUACUGGACCAACAGCGACAACGACAAUCCCACUAUCGAAAGAUCCAACAUGGACGGUACCAAUCGAACGAUCAUAAUCAGAGGAAAUCUUUACGAACCAAUGGGUCUAGCGAUCGAUCAUGACGAAGGUAAACUCUAUUGGAGUGACGACGAAGAAGGUAUACAUGUGAAGAUCGAACGUAGCAAUCUCGACGGCACCGAACGUGAAAUCGUCUUGCAUAAUAGAAAUCAACAACCCGUUUAUCUCACCGUCGAUAAGGAUUUUAUCUACUGGUCAGAUUGGGUACACAAAGCUAUUUGGAUGAUGCCUAAGAAUACCACUAAUCCCGACUCACCGGUCAAAUUUAAAUCCUAUCGCGAAUCGAACAGAGAUGCUGAUCCUAACGCCGUUAUUGCACGAGACAACGUUGGUACCAUCGAUUGUCUUGCUAUACUCAAAAGAAGAUUGGAAAAAAAGAAACUUCCUGAGAAGCAACGAAAAGGACCUCUCCUCGAAUCUUACAAUAAUUUAACGACUAGUACCGAAGAAGUUGAACCGGAAAACUUUCGAUUGUGUCUCAACGGUGGUUCCUUCGAUCGUAUCGAACGUUCUUGUCGUUGUAAAUCUGGAUAUACGGGUUCCAUAUGCGAAACUUCCCUCUGCCAGAAUUAUUGUCUUCACGGUGAUUGCAUCGUUAACAGUUUCGGUGAAGCGGAGUGUAAAUGUAUCGGAACGUUUACCGGUAAACGAUGCGAAAGAGACAUUUGCGAAGGUUAUUGUCUUCACGAUGGCGAAUGUUCGCUCCAAAACAACAUGCCUUUCUGCAAAUGUAAAUAUUCGAAGGGCGGGCGUUGCGAAAUUCUUGCUGACAUGCCUACAGUCAACGUUGAUACAUUUUCCUGCAGGUUAAUAUGUACCGAAAACAACCAUACCUCUGAAAAGAUGUUAGCCCUAGAUGAAAAUUGCGAAUCGAAGACAUUGUUAUUCGUACUUAUCGCUCUCAUCAUCGUACUUAUUAUACUGAUCCUCGUGAUGAGUUUCUACUUGCAUAAAUUACGUCGUCGGCCACGAAUCAAAAAGAGAUUCGUAGUUAGCAAAGGUGGUAUUACGCCAUUAACGUCCAGACCACAACUAACGGAUAAUCAAUGCGAAAUAACUAUAGAAAAUUGCUGCAACAUGAAUAUCUGCGAAACACCAUGUUUCGAACCAAAAUUACGAACUCCAAUGUCAAGGAGUAAUAAUACGAAAAAGGACGAGAAGAAUUCUCUAUUGGAUAAUAUGGAAGGAAAUUCGUGCUAACACAAACUAAAUCUCUCGUCAUAUAAAAAGGUGAAAACUCGAUGGAUUCCACGUAAGCUCGUCACGAGAUUUUUACUUACGGUGAUAGAUGUCUGUAUAUAUUUCAAAAGACUCUAUCUAGUAUUGUUGUUAAGUUUGGUGAAUGCAUAUGUGCUUGCAUAAGGCAAGAUGAAAGGAUGAAUUAACUUAACGAAGAAAAAGUAAAACGAGAAAAAUAUAUAAAUACAGUAAAAAAGAAAGAAAGGGACGAAAGCCAAAGGUCUUUGAAAGAGUCCUAUUCCUUAUCGGGUCGUAUAUGUAGGGCUGUGCUUUUACAAUGGUUAUUUCGUUCUAUUAAUGAAAUUCUAGCGUGAUUUACUUAAUUUUUUUUUCUUUUUUCUUGUAGUUCAAUAAGUUAUGUACUUAGGAAACAAUUUUUUUCUUUUUCUCUUUUCUUUUUUUUUUCUACAUAUAUAUAUA